AUGGCCGAUCCAAAUAUAAGGACUACACCUAGACUUAAAGUUUCUUUAACUGACACUUCACCUCAUAAGAAAUUGAAUGAAAACGAAGCCAAACCGCCGCCGCCGGGCGUAAAGUUAGAACAAUGGAAACGGUUACAAGAAUUAAAGAGACGACGAGAAGAAGUUCAAAAUGGUGGUAGUAAAAAGAAAAAUAAGCAAGACGAUCGCUUGUUCACAAACUGUCGAGAAGAGGAAGAAUCAGGUCGAAAAUAUUCGGAUUCAUCCUCUGCACCAGAUCAAACUACUUCGCAAUCGUCAACACACCUUUUAGAUCAGACAAUUCCUCCAAUAAUACCGAAAGGUCUAAUAAAAUACGUAAACAUGAAUUCGCAUUUGAAAGGAGUAGAUCAUGGCCGCCUAGCUCAAAAAGGUCGAUUGGAGAAAGAACUUGAUAAAGCUGUAGAGAGUGGGGAAUUAGAACUAGCUUCAAAAAUAAGCGACCAAAUUGCACAAAGAAAUUAUGAAAAUACGAUGCGAGAAGCAAUAGAACGUAAAGAGUACGAUGAGAGAAAAAAAAAAUCGUACAGUAAACCGACAGGAACAAACGCAGAAAUUAGAGCAAACGCCGACGGAAGUGAAGUUAGGAAACUUCAACCUAACGUUUACACACGAUAUUACGAUUUGUUAAGUCGCGUUAAUAAUUUUAGUAUUAUUGAAUCCACUUUACGAGAGGGUGAACAAUUUGCCAAUGCGUUUUUCGAUACCAAUAAAAAAAUAGAGAUUGCUAAAGCUUUAGAUGAAUUUGGUGUUGAGUAUAUUGAACUUACAUCACCUGCCGCUUCAGAACAAUCAAGACUAGAUUGUGAAGCGAUAUGUAAAUUAGGACUCAAAGCAAAAAUUUUAACUCAUAUAAGAUGUCAUAUGGAUGAUGCAAAAAUCGCCGUCGAAACUGGUGUUGAUGGUGUUGAUGUCGUAAUAGGAACUUCUUCAUAUCUUCGUGAAUUUUCUCAUGGCAAAGAUAUGGACUAUAUUGCUAAAAAAGCUACUGAAGUCAUAAAUUUUGUUAAAUCCAAGGGGAUUGAAGUCAGAUUUUCGUCUGAAGAUUCAUUUAGAAGUGAUUUAGUCGAUUUAUUAUCCAUUUAUCGUACAGUAGACAAACUUGGUGUUAAUCGAGUUGGUAUUGCUGAUACGGUUGGUUGUGCAAAUCCACGUCAAGUUUAUGAAUUGGUUAGAACUUUACGUGGCGUUGUUUCUUGUGAUAUUGAGUGUCACUUUCAUAACGACACUGGUUGCGCCAUAGCUAAUGCUUAUGCUGCUCUUGAAGCUGGUGCGACUCAUAUUGACACCUCCAUUUUGGGUAUUGGUGAACGUAAUGGAAUAACACCACUUGGAGGAUUAAUCGCACGUAUGUACACUGCGGACAAGGACUAUAUCAAGUCGAAGUAUAAACUCCACAUGCUUCGUGACAUUGAAAAUUUGGUGGCUGAUUCUGUCGAUGUUCAAGUUCCUUUCAACAAUUACAUUACUGGUUAUUGCGCAUUUACGCAUAAAGCUGGUAUUCACGCAAAGGCAAUUUUGAACAAUCCAAGUACUUAUGAAAUUUUGAAACCUGAAGAUUUUGGUCUUACCGAUGACCAAGUCAAGACAAUUACUGCUAAAAUUAAGGAAUUGUCGGAUAUUCGACCAUUAAAAAUGGAGGAUGUUGAUAAUUUAUUAAGGGAAUAUCAUUCUGCUAUUGAAUCUGGUGAUGAAUUACUGGUUAGAAAUGUUUUGUCGAUUGCCUCUGCUGUCCCUGUCCCAACGUAG